CUUGUUUGUUUGCAGGUAAUUUAACUGUGGCAACACUUCCAAGCAAGAAUGGCCAGUGGAACCACAGUUGUCAUCCCCUCUAAUGGAGCAAACAUGAUCCAAACGGCUGCUGGAUUGCCCAGUGUUGCUCUUCAGGCAUCUGGAGCAACUCCAUAUCCUCAGUAUGUAGCUCAGCAACUUAGAAUUUCCACCAGUGCUCCUCAACAAGUCCCACAAAAGGGUCCUUUGGAGACAUUCCUCAAUGCUGAAUCCAAAGUGCUUGGGGCUGUCCAAAUAUUGAUUGGGCUGAUCCACAUUGGCUUUGGCGCUGUCUCGCUUUCUUCACUCUUUUCUUCAGACUUUUUUUCCCCCCUUUCUUCAGUUGGAGGUUAUCCCUUUUGGGGAGGGAUAUUUUUUAUUUCUUCUGGAUCACUUUGUGUAGCAGCUGCAAACAAUUCGAAUCGUGGUUUGGUGAAAUCUAGUGUAGGACUGAACAUCACAAGUGCUGUAAUGGCAUUAAUUGGUAUCAUCCUGUACCUAUGCGAGCUGAUCAUCAAUCCUGCUUUUAUUACAUAUCACCAGGAUGUUAGACCGAGUAUACCGAAUAGCAGUUUUGGCCUUUCCUGUGUGUUGCUCUUGUUCAGCCUUCUGGAAUUCUGCAUCGCUGUUCCACUGGCUCAUUUUGGCUGCCAGGCAGCUUGCUGUAGGGAUGACCAGCCAACGGUGCUUUAUGUGCCUUACCAAGUCAUCGGAGGUGGAGAAGUCACAGCUGAACCAAAUCCUUCUCCUCCACCACCGACUUACGAUAACGUGGUUACCAAAUCUCAGUAAAACAAGAAGGAAAUAUGAGAAUUGUUGGCAAAAGAGAUUUCAGGAGAAGCAAUGAAUUUCAUAUUACUUUACUUUGUGCUCCAGCUUGCUUGUUUUGCAAUGAAUUUUAUAUUACUUUACUAUGUGCUCCAGCUUGCUUGUUUCUUCUUCAGUUAUAGCCUUUAAACACCACAUUAAAUGGGGGCAAGUUUUGAAAGUUCUUCUAUUUUACUGGAUACCUAGUUAUAAUGCUUCCAAAGAAGCAAGAAUUUGUGCUGGAAAUCAUCAGUGUAUUUAUGAAGAAGUACUAUAUAUUCUGUAUAGUGGAUGAUGGAAGCUGUUUAUUUUGUUUAUACUCUAGAUGAUGUUUGUUUUUUGUGACAAAUAUGGAAUUAAGUAGGAGAUGUGAUGCAGAUAAAAAACCAGCUACUAAAAUUAAAACACAAAUUAUUAAUAAAACAUGUCAUUGACACAA